AUGGUUGAACUGAAAGAAGCAGUUGACAUGGCGAGCGCGAUGGUAGAGGAUGCGACCUUCGAAGAUGAUCAGUUGGCGAAUAUGACAACCGACGACAUCAUCAGAGCUUCACGUCUUCUCGACAAUGAGAUUCGCAUCCUCAAGGAAGAGUUGCAGAGGACCAAUCUGGAAUUGGAAUCGUACAAGGACAAGAUCAAGGAGAAUCAGGAGAAGAUUAAGCUCAAUAAGCAGUUGCCCUACCUCGUCGGUAACAUUGUUGAGAUAUUGGAAAUGAACCCAGAAGAUGAAGCUGAGGAAGAUGGUGCUAAUAUUGAUCUUGACUCGCAGAGGAAGGGGAAGUGUGUUGUGCUAAAGACUUCUACUCGACAGACAAUCUUUCUUCCUGUUGUUGGGCUUGUUGACCCUGACAAAUUAAAACCUGGUGAUCUUGUUGGUGUUAACAAGGAUAGUUACUUAAUCUUGGAUACCCUGCCUUCUGAGUAUGAUUCUAGAGUUAAGGCCAUGGAAGUCGAUGAAAAGCCUACCGAAGAUUACAAUGACAUUGGUGGAUUAGAGAAGCAGAUUCAAGAAUUAGUCGAGGCUAUUGUUUUGCCCAUGACCCACAAGGAGCGGUUUCAAAAGUUAGGCGUUCGUCCUCCCAAGGGAGUGCUGUUAUAUGGACCUCCAGGGACAGGGAAAACAUUGAUGGCUCGUGCCUGUGCCGCACAGACAAAUGCCACUUUUCUUAAAUUGGCAGGUCCUCAACUGGUCCAGAUGUUCAUAGGAGAUGGAGCAAAACUUGUUCGUGAUGCCUUUCAACUAGCAAAAGAGAAAUCACCAUGCAUUAUAUUUAUAGAUGAAAUUGAUGCAAUUGGUACUAAGCGUUUUGAUAGUGAAGUAAGUGGAGACAGGGAGGUACAACGAACAAUGUUAGAAUUGCUUAAUCAGCUUGAUGGUUUUAGCAGUGAUGACAGGAUUAAGGUGAUAGCAGCAACAAACAGGGCAGAUAUUCUUGACCCUGCCCUUAUGCGUUCUGGUCGAUUGGAUCGCAAAAUUGAGUUUCCACACCCAAGUGAAGAAGCAAGAGCUCGUAUUCUACAGAUCCAUUCAAGGAAGAUGAAUGUUCACCCGGAUGUCAACUUUGAAGAACUCGCACGGUCCACAGACGAUUUCAAUGGAGCACAACUGAAGGCUGUCUGUGUUGAGGCUGGCAUGUUGGCUCUGCGUCGUGAUGCAACAGAGGUGAACCAUGAGGACUUUAAUGAAGGUAUUAUUCAAGUCCAAGCAAAGAAGAAAGCAAGCCUGAAUUAUUAUGCAUAG